AAAAUAUCGAAUAAUAUAACUUUUAAGACAUUUCUGGCGCUAUUUUUCCUGCCAAUAUUUACAUUUAUCGUUUGUUCUUUGCAGACCGCAACCAUGGGUCGCCGGCCAGCCCGAUGCUACAGAUACUGCAAAAACAAGCCCUACCCCAAGUCCCGUUUCUGUAGGGGUGUGCCUGAUCCCAAGAUCAGGAUCUUCGACUUGGGUCGUAAGAAGGCUAAGGUGGAUGAGUUCCCCCUGUGUGGUCACAUGGUGUCCGAUGAAUACGAGCAGCUGUCCUCAGAAGCUCUGGAGGCUGCCCGUAUCUGUGCUAACAAGUACAUGGUGAAGACUUGCGGCAAGGAUGGUUUCCACAUCCGUAUGCGCCUGCAUCCAUUCCAUGUCAUCCGCAUCAACAAAAUGUUGUCCUGUGCCGGAGCCGAUAGGCUCCAGACAGGUAUGCGUGGUGCCUUCGGAAAGCCCCAGGGCACCGUGGCCCGCGUGAACAUUGGCCAGGUGAUCAUGUCCGUGCGCACCAAGGCCUCAAACAAGGAGCACAUCAUCGAGGCUCUCAGGAGAGCCAAGUUCAAGUUCCCCGGACGCCAGAAGAUCCACAUGUCCAAGAAGUACGGCUUCACCAAGUUCAACGUAGAGGACUUUGAUGACAUGCUGGCAGAGAAGCGCCUGAUUCCUGAUGGCUGCGGUGUCAAGUACAUCCCCAGCCACGGUCCCCUGACCAGGUGGAAGGCUAUUCACAAGGUGUAAAAAGGAUGCCCCUGUCUGCGUUUGAGCUGCGGCUAAGCAUAGCCAAUAAAAAAAGUACACAUUUGA